CUAGGUAUUAUUGUGCUUUAUCAACUCAACAAAAAUAUGUAGCCGAGUCUCUCUGAAAGAUUAAAAAAAUGAAUAAUUGUUCAUAGUUUCACUUGCUUGAGUACAAACAAGACAGACUUACCUAAAAAGGGUGUGGAAAAAAAUAAAGCCUUUAAACCUUUCAGAGCAAAAUCAACUUUAUAUUAAGGACAGAACCUUUUGAUAUUCUGUAGUGCAAGGACUGCAAUAAGGUCACCCUCUGUUUAACUAAUCUGUUCAUUUUUCUUGGUAAAUAUUUUAUUCAUAAAAUGAAAUUUGCAAAGAAAAAAUUACAACUUAUUUAAAGACGACUUUUAUAAUUGUUUCCUCAAAACAAACAGCUAAGCUGAUGAAAACGCUGGUGAGAUUUAAGAUGAUAUAUAUAUAUAAAAUCAACAUUUUCUAUUUUUCGAGUUGUAGCUGAAGUUCUUUUUUGUGAGAUGCUGCAUCAAAUAAAUAAAUAAACAAACGAACCCUUCCACAACACCAUCAGGGCGGAGCCCGGUUUCCAUGGGGACGCGUCGGCGUCUCAUCGAACCUUUCGACCCCGAGAGAUUUUCAGCCUCAGUCAGGUUUCGAUAGAACGGCUCUUCAGGCAGACAGUGAGUUACUGCUCUGCGGAGACCUGCAAACCUCCCAACCUUAAAUCAGAAAACAAUGUUUAACAGCUCGGAGGUCUUCAGCUGACCUUCCGUGGGGCAUUUUAGCCAAAGAGCCCCCCUGUGCCGUCAGAGAAAGCCUCUGUUUAGCAGCCUGAAGCUACUUCCGCAGCUACUCUAAACAGCUAGCGGUGAGCUUUUGGUUGAGUCUGUUAAACCGCUGGGAAAACCAUGAGGUGAUAUAUUGAGACCGUGAACUUAAACUAACUGUAGGCUGCAGCAUGGCGACCUGGGGCCGCAGUAAAGUGUCUGAGUGUGAGGAGAGCCCCUCCGCUCGGAAAGGUCAGCACAUACCCAAAGAAGGUAAAAAGAAGAGGAGAAACAAAGCCGAAGAGAAAAACAAAUCGACCUCCGAGGUCAAGAAAAGAGGACAUCCCAGCACGCCUUCAAACUCUGACGAUUCAGAGAGGCCCCACACAGAAGAGAGGACAAAUGCAGAGAAGAGCGGUGACCCAAACAAAGCCAAAGGCCAUGCCAAAGAGGGGGGCAGCAGGAAGAGCCGGAAAAGCAAAACAACUCCGCCUGCUGUGGAGGACGAUCCAGUUCCACCUCAAGAGGACAAAACAGAACUGAGCAACCAGGCACAGGAGAGCCUGAGGUGGGAAGGGGUUCUAGAGGACCCCGCUGCUGAAGCAGAACGGUUGGAGGUUUAUAGAGCUAACCGUCGCAAACGUUACAUGGCAUCCAGGCAGACGCUUCUAGAAAAUAUCCGGGUGGGGUUAGGUCCAGACCCAGAUGUUUCUAAACUGGGCAACAGAGUGCAAAAGGCUGGUGCUACAGCAACGAUCUUGUAGAAUCCACUGCUUGUGUAUUUUGGCUGUGAUUUUUUUAUUUUAGUUCAGUUAGUGGCUGUCAUUAACUAAUAGUAAACUUCUGUUCUAUAUCAGUACUGAGCCAUCAUGACUGCUUCAAACUGUUUACCAUUAGAGCUGAUACAAUUCUUUGAUUAGACUCAGUUACUCACUUAAAAAGGUAUCAAUUAUAUGUGAUAAUACAUAUUUUAACUUCCCUGAAAUGUUUCUUACAGUAAGACAUAGAAACUAGUGAACAUUUUGUAUAUUUUUAA